ACGCCCUUGUGUGAAUAAUAAAAUGGCUGACAACAUAGUUCAAGCUGCAAUAGAAAAGACACUGAUUGACGCCUCUAAAGUGAUCGAGGACCAAUUGGACCAAGAGAUAGACAGACUAGACAAGAUAGACGAGGAUGAGAUGGAGAAACUGAGACAAAAGCGACUAAUACAAAUGAAACAAGCUGCCACACAGAAGCAAGAAUGGCUCUCAAAAGGUCACGGAAAGUACGAGGAGGUCACGGAAGAAAAGGAAUUUUUUGACGUCUGUAAGAAAAGCUCGAAAGUCGUCUGUCACUUUUAUCGUGAAUCCACGAUGCGUUGCAAGAUUGUCGACAAGCACCUUUCGCUCCUUGCCCCCCGACAUAUUGAGACGAAAUUUGUUAAACUGAGUGUUGACCGCGCCCCCUUCCUUUGCGAGAGACUUAAGAUCAGAAUCCUGCCAACGAUAAGUGUCGUACUGAACAAUGUAACUAAAGAUUUCAUUAAAGGCUUUGAUGAUUUAGGAGGCACUGACGACUUUACUACCGAGAUGCUUGAGUGGAGACUGGGCGUCGCAGGGGCGGUCUCGUACUCUGGUAACUUAUUGGAACCUCCCACGUCCUCUAAGGGAACUUCCUCUAAAAGUUUCAUGACCAAACAAGGGAAGAGUAGUAUACGUAGCGGCCAUUUAAGCAGCGAUGAAGAUGAUGACUAAGAAAUCACUUACAAUACAUACACAUAUGUACAUGUAUGCACACGUAGAAUCUAUAGUCGAGAUGUUAUCUAUUUUUUCAUUAACUACACACAAUAUCUUUAAUUUUUAACUAA